AUGCCGUACGAGUUCGUCCCGGCCGUGCGCGACCUCGGCGCCAGCAACAACGUGCUGCUGCUCUCAUGCGUGCUGACGGAUGAGACCGCCACACUGAACGUGUUCGAGAGCAAGCUUGACGUGCUGCUGGAACCCUUCUCCAUGGACAACAUCGUCCUGUCGGCCCUUCGGGCGUUUGUAACCUUGACGCCGCUGUCCAUCCGCGACGUGAUCGAGCUCGUCAUCGGCAACCUUACGUCUGGUAAGUGUUCAGUCAGCGACCUUUAG